AUGAAUAGUAAGGUAGGAGGCAAGGCCACACAGGAAGAAAAGCUUCUGAAACAUCAGCUGCACCUGCAGAAGCAAAGAGAUGGCAUCGCCUACAGGAUGAAGAAGCUGGCAGCUAAGCAGGUGGAAAUAACAAAAAAGACCACUGCGGUGAAGGAGAAAAUCAAGAAAAAGUACGAGGACAUGAAGCGAGUCCUGGAUGAGGAUCUUCGGAUCACACUGACCCAGCUGGACGUGGAGUACGAGGCCACAGAGAAGUUAGUGGAAGACAGGAUAGAGGACUGCUACCACCUCACACAGGAACUGGACCAGGAACUGUCAAAGAUCGGUGCCCAUGUAAAACCACCAGAAAUAGACAUUCAGCUGAGCUUUAACGAGAUGCGUCGACUCUUUGUUUUGUCUGAAAUUAGAAUAAUUGAGACUCUGAAGCUGACUGACCCUGACCUGAUCCAGAUGGAUGAGUUCAAAUAUGAACAACUACUGAGUCUCACCAUCAACCUGCUGCUGUUCAUCAGAUCCCAGGUGCCUGUCACCAAGAAACUGUUCCAGACCUAUGCCGCGGAUGUUGUCCUUGACGCUGACUCUGCUCACCCCAAGCUGAUCAUCUCUCCCAAAGGCGACUCAGUCACCUACACGGACACCUGGCAGGACGUCCCGGAGACUUCCACCCGCUUCGACACCACCCUAAACGUAGUCAGCCAGCAAGGCUUCAGCGAGGGGCGGCAGUACUGGGAGGUGGACGUGAGCGGGAAGACCUACUGGGAGCUGGGGCUCACCUAUCCGAGCAUCCCACGCAAGGGUCGCGAGGAGGACUCCUGGCUGGGCCGGGGCAAAGAGUCUUGGUGUGUGGAAUACUUUAAUGGAGACUACACAGCCUGGCACGGUGGAGUCCAGCAAGAGCUGCCUCUCCUGGCAGGAAAACAGUUCACUCGCAUCGGGGUAUACUGCAGCUUCCCCGGGGGUUUGGUGUGCUUUCUCGGAGCCGAUACCAUGACCCCGCUGCACUGCUUCGGCGCCGGGACCUUCACUGACAUUCUACUUCAAGCUUUAUGUCCCGGCCAUGACAAUGAAGGCACAAACUGGAAGUCCCUUAAGGUUUGCGACGCCUCCCGGUCAGCCCCUGUUCUUUGA